AUGUGCCCAGGCCCCAGAGAGCCCUACGCCGUCCCAGAGAGCCCUACGCCGUCCCAGAGAGCCCUACGCCGCCCCAGAGAGCCCUACGCCGCCCCAGAGAGCCCUACGCCGCCCCAAAGAGCCCUACGCCGCCCCCAGAGAGCCCUACGCCGCCCCCAGAGAGCCCUACGCCGCCCCCGAGAGCCCUACGCCGCCCCCGAGAGCCCUACGCCGUCUCAGAGAGCCCUACGCCGUCCCAGAGAGCCUUACGCCACCCCAGAGAGCCCUACGCCACCCCAGAGAGCCCUACGCCACCCCAGAGAGCCCUACGCCACCCCAGAGAGCCCUACGCCACCCCAGAGAGCCCUACGCCGCCCCAGAGAGCUCUACGCCGCCCCAGAGAGCCCUACGCCGCCCCAGAGAGCCCUACGCCGCCCCAGAGAGCCCUACACCGCCCCAGAGCCCUACGCCGCCCCAGAGAGCCCUACGCCGCCCCAGAGAGCCUUACGCCGCCCCAGAGAGCCCUACGCCGUCCCAGAGAGCCCUACGCCACCCCAGAGAGCCCUACGCCGCCCCAGAGAGCCCUACGCCGCCCCAGAGAGCUCUACGCCGCCCCAGAGAGCCCUACGCCGCCCCAGAGAGCCCUACGCCGCCCCAGACAGCCCUACGCCGUCCCAGAGAGCCCUACGCCGCCCCAAAGAGCCUUACGCCGCCCCAGAGAGCCCUACGCCGUCCCAGAGAGCCCUACGCCACCCCAGAGAGCCCUACGCCGCCCCAGAGAGCCCUACGCCGCCCCAGAGAGUCCUACGCCGCCCCAGAGAGCCCUACGCCGCCCCAGAGAGCCCUACGCCGUCCCAGAGAGCCCUACCCCGCCCCAGAAAGCCCUACGCCGCCCCAGAGAGCCCUACGCCGUCCCAGAGAGCCCUACGCCGUCCCAGAGAGCCCUACGCCGCCCCAAAGAGCCCUACGCCGCCCCCAGAGAGCCCUACGCCGCCCCAGAGAGCCCUACGCCGUCCCAGAGAGCCCUACGCCGUCCCAGAGAGCCCUACGCCGCCCCAAAGAGCCCUACGCCGCCCCCAGAGAGCCCUACGCCGCCCCCAGAGAGCUCUACGCCGCCCCCGAGAGCCCUACGCCGCCCCCGAGAGCCCUACGCCGUCCCAGAGAGCCCUACGCCGUCCCAGAGAGCCGUACGCCACCCCAGAGAGCCCUACGCCACCCCAGAGAGCCCUACGCCACCCCAGAGAGCCCUACGCCACCCCAGAGAGCCCUACGCCAUCCCAGAGAGCCCUACGCCGCCCCAGAGAGCCCUACGCCGGCCCAGAGAGCCCUACGCCGGCCCAGAGAGCCCUACGCCGCCCCAGAGAGCCCUACGCCGCCCCAGAGCCCUACGCCGCCCUAGAGAGCCCUACGCCACCCCAGAGAGCCCUACGCCACCCCAGAGAGCCCUACGCCACCCCAGAGAGCCCUACGCCACCCCAGAGAGCCCUACGCCGCCCCAGAGAGCCCUACGCCGCCCCAGAGAGCCCUACGCCGCCCCAGAGAGCCCUACGCCGCCCCAGAGAGCCCUACGCCGCCCCAGAGAGCCCUACGCCGCCCCAGAGAGCCCUACGCCGCCCCCAGAGAGCCCUACGCCGCCCACAGAGAGCCCUACACCGCCCCAGAGAACCCUACGCCGCCCCCAGAGAGCCCUACGCCGCCCCCAGAGAGCCCUACGCCGCCCCCAGAGAGCCCUACGCCGCCCCCAGAGAGCCCUACGCCGCCCCCAGAGAGCCCUACGCCGCCCCCAGAGAGCCCUACGCCGCCCCCAGAGAGCCCUACGCCGCCCCCCAGAGAGCCCUACGCCGCCCCAGCAACAUAUUCAGAAAUACUAAUUGGCGGCUUUUCCCUUUUAAUGUUGAAGCAUCUUUGGGCGGCAGUAUGCAAGUGGUGUCCCGUCCCUCUCAUUAG